AUGACCACUCCUCUACGCACCGCCAUUAUAGGCCUAUCCUCCGGAGCAACAACCAACUGGGCGGCCGCCGCCCACCUCCCUUCCCUUCUCUCCCCUAGUGGUAAGACCGUCUUCACCAUCAAAGCUCUAUGCAACAGCAGUACCACCGCAGCAUCAAAUGCCAUCGAGACUUACAAUCUGGAGGCAUCUACUGUAAAACCAUACGGCGAUCCCGCCUCCCUCGCAGCGGACCCUGCCAUUGACCUCGUCCUCUGUAACACCCGAGUCGAUAAGCACUUCGAGACGGUCCUGCCUAGUCUCCUGGCUGGAAAGGAUGUAUAUAUCGAGUGGCCAAUCGCGUCGAACAAGAGCCAAAUAGAUGAGUUGCUUGCUGCCGCCGCUCAAGGUGGGGGCCGUGUGGCAGUGGGAUUACAGGGACGGUUUGCGCCGCCAGUCUUACGAGUCAAAGAGAUACUCGCAUCAGGAAAGAUUGGGAGGCUACUCAGUAGUGAAGUGAGAUUUUUUGGAGGCACGCGAGAUCGUGAAAUUUUGCCGGUGGGACUGAAGUAUUUUGCCGAGAGGGAUAUUGGAGGAAAUCCGAUCACGAUUGGAGUUGGACAUGUCAUUGACUAUAUUCAAUCCGUUGUGGGCGAUAUCAUCCCUGGAACGGACGAUGUACACCUCCAAAUCCAGCGUCCGGAUAUCCGCGUUCGAGAUCCCCAAACGAACGCGAUAAUUGACUCUAUUCGCUCCGAUGUACCUGACUUGCUAAGUCUACAUGGAUCUUUACCUGAAUCCCCUCAUGUGCGUGCUAACGCCAGUCUUAUCGCGUAUUUUCAUCGUGGUCAGCCCUACCCUGGCGAUCCAUCAUUGACAUGGACUUUGACCGGAGAAACGGGCACGAUCCGAUUAACCGCGCCAGCUGGUAUUUCGCUGCAAGCCGACGCAUACGCGGAGCCGGUGACCAUCGCAGUGCACCAAUUCGAUACGGACAAAGUGGAUCAGGUCUCGUGGACCUGGUCGGAAAGGCAGAUGGAGGUGCCUAUUCCGGCACGAUCAGUGCAUCAUUCCUUGCUUAGUUUUGCGAAUAGGGAUGAGUCGGGGUAUGUGUCGCUGGAGGAUGCAGCGAAGAGGGCUGAGCAGAUUGCGGGCUGGUUAGAGGGCUAA